AUGUUUGUUCUUCCUUCACCAAUUCCAUGGCGUUCAAGAUCCGGAAGAAAGGAAAUGAAAGAAGAUAAUUUUGGGUCAUUUAGGUCCCAAAGCAUGCGUUUGUCUCGGUCCAAUUCCAUGUCUGCUUCACCAAAGUUGCCCCAUUCGCCGCCUCAAUUUUCGCCGAAGUCGUCCCUAUCUCCUCCGCCACCACCGAUGACUCAAAAACCACCGUCAUUGAAACCUGUUUCUUCCUCGACUCGUAAUGAGGUUUCCUUUGAAAAGGUGAUGGUCGAAACUACUAGUGACGAUGAUUCGGAGAGUGAGGACGAUGGAGCUGGUGAAACUCCCAUCGUUUCAAGCGAAAGGAGCCCAAACAAGGAGGAAGCAAAUCCAAGCAGUGGAAAUGAUGGGGGUUCCGAUGUGGAUAAGAAGGCAGACGAGUUCAUAGCCAAAGUAAGAGAGCAAAUCAGGCUGCAGAGGAUCGAUUCUAUUAAGCGAUCAAGUGUCCAGUUUUAA